UAGAUCUCGUUCAAACCAAUGAUAAAAAUGAUAUUAGAAACCUCAAUAUCAUAUUUGAAGACCUAUUCAUAGAUACCCCACACGUGUGGGAUUGCUGAAUUUUUUUUUUUGAGUUUCAGUUCUAAGUAUGGGGAGCCCCCAAAUUUUUUUGUUUUUUUUUCUAUUUUUGUUUGAAAAUCUUAAUACGGUUCAUAGAAUACAUCCACUUACCAAGUUUGAACAGUAUAGUUCUUAUAGUUUCGGAAAAAAGUGGCUGUGAUGUGUGUGUGGAUUCCGUUUUUUGCCAUUUGGCUACGGAACCCUAAAAAGUAAUCUUUCGGCGGUUUUACGAACAGAAAAAUUCAUUAACGUGGUUUAAAUCAGUCCAUCAGUCAGAGUAGUGGCCAUAGUCACGAGCUAGUUUUCUAUUUUGCUACGCUCUGCUCUUGACAUUCCCCUGUACGUUUCCAUAGCGACGUCUGUAUAUUGAGCAGAUUAUUCAGCUUAGUAAUAUUCUGCCUUGUAUAAAUUUAUCGAUUCUCUAUAAUUACAGGUAAGUAAACUUCGAAAUUAUAGGAAAGUUACAAUUACACAAGAAUACACUGCAUAGAUACAUAUAUUUAUUACUCAAAGAUGCUUAUUGUUUUGACAGCUGAAUAGGAUAAUGGGAGAUGAGGAACAAGCGACUCUUGACGGACAGUUCCGUGAUUUCUCUAAGCUUUACGAUAACAAACGAAGUGGCUUAACGAUCACUCUGUUCCGAUCUGAUUUCUGGAUGCGCCAGGCUAAACUCCUCGACGACAGGAAAUUGACAAUGACUGACACUGGUGUACUGUGGAAUAAAUACAACAAAUCAGAGCUGGAUUGGGACGAAUGGUUGCAAUUCCUGAGCGAAUUAUGUGCUUUGAAGGGCUGGGAUGAAGAAAAUGUACAAGAAACCUUGACAAACUGCGGUUUACCAGGCCAGGGUAACGUCGUUGUACCACAAUACAGAGACUUUUUCCUCACAUAUAAACCCAAAGAGAAACUGCCUUUUUGAAUUCAUAUAUUUUAAUAAUUUUUUUGACGACCGGUUUGGCCUAGUGGGUAGUGACCCUGCCUACGAAGCUGAUGGUCCCGGGUUCAAAUCCUGGUAAGGGCAUUUAUUCGUGUGAUGAGCAUGGAUAUUUGUUCCUGAGUCAUGGGUGUUUUCUAUGUAUUUAAGUAUUUAUAAAUAUUUAUAUAUUAUAUAUAUCGUUGUCUAAGUACCCUCAACACAAGCCUUAUUCAGCUUACUGUGGGACUUAGUCAAUUUGUGUAAUAAUGUCCUAUAAUAUUUAUUUAUUUAUAUUAUUUCAUGCACGAGGUGUAUUGUUUCAAUUUAAUUAAAACAAACGUAUACCAGACUUCUACGUGUGUUUUUUCCUGUAUAGGUCAACCGGAGUAAUUGCGUCAGCUUGGGUAUCUAAGCGCUUUCCAUGUUAUGUUACCAAGGCAACCCAGAGGUGCUAUACAAUCGAAUAGAGUACAGAGCAAUGCGAUUAGAUGGCUGCUGUACCUGAAUAUUGACUUGACAUUUUACGUUAUGGUGCUCUCACACUGGCAGUUAUAUAACGUUUUACAACAUCGUGUGACAAGGACAACAUGAUAGUAUUGAUAGUAUUAUAUUAUUUUGUCCCUAUCUAACGCAUUUAUCUUGAUUUAUAAAUAAUUUAAGCUUUGUAAUAGAGAAAGUUUGAGUCCCGGGAAAGAGCACAGCAUAGUUUUUAUCCACAUAAAUCAUCCCUUAAGGGUGUGAAAUGGGGAGGUGGAAGUUUGUAUGGGGAAUUAGUAACUGCUAAAUCGAUUUAGAUGAAAUUGGGUAUAGAGAUAGGUUGAGUAUCGGAGAAGAACAAAGGAUACUUUUCAUCCCAAAAAAUUCCUUCAAAAGUGAAAAGGGAGGUGGAAGUUUGAAUGGAAAAUCAAUAAAAGUCAGUUCAGUUUAUAAAAUAAAAUAUAGACUAUAUAAAAAGUUGACUCCGUUAUACAUUUUGGCUGGCUGGCUGAUGUUGAUAUAUUAUAAGGUGGAGUAUUUUUUUUCAAAAGUUGCUCAGUAUGACCUAAAGUAAAUGUACGGUUCACCGGACACUUAAGACCUGGAUGUAAGUUUCUUUUUUUUAAAGGUCUGGUAAGUUCAUACGCGUACGAUCAAUACUUUAAUAGAAACUUCGAUAAAUGUGUCUUCGUGUAAAUAUACGUAUAAAUUACUGAAAUGAUUACUUACACAUAUAUGAAAAGUAUUUUUUAAAUUAUUUCAACCUCUUUCUUUGAUUUUGUACCAUUUACCGAACUAAGAAAGGUGAUUUGCACAUAAUACUGAAUUGGGUAGCCGAACUAGAAAAUAAAUGUAUAAAAAUAUGGUAUUGUGAGGUGCUCUAACUUUUGGUAGCUCACUAUUUAAUACUACAAAUUGAUGAAGUUCAACUUUUAUUUCUCUUAAAAAUACGAGUGAUAUUAUUUAUAUUUUCUCUAAUUAAUUAAUCGUCGUAGCGCCACAUGAUGUAAGAAGUAAGUAAAUAAUUAAUAAAUAUAAUAUUUUAUUAAUAUAGCU